UUGGAAGAUGAUGGUUAGAAAGAAAAGAGAGUAGAAAGUUUGGAGAAUGGCAAUGCACAGAGAGCCACACAAAAUAUAUUAGAAUGAUGGAUGUGAUGAGGAACACCACUUCUUCACAUGGCUUCUUCUACUCUGGCACUCACUCUCACUGCCACCACAACCACCACCACCACCACCACCUCCUACUCCUUCUUCCCCAGAACCAAACACGCCUUUGCAUAUCCCAGAAUCAACUUUUUCUCUUCCAAGAACCGCGCUUUAUCCGUCUCUGCUUCCGCUUCCUCUUCUUCACGUUCGCUUCAGGCUCUCAUCUUCGACUGCGACGGCGUCAUCCUCGAGUCUGAGCACCUGCAUCGCCAGGCCUACAACGAUGCCUUUGUUCACUUCAACGUUCGGUGCCCCUCUUCUUCUUCUCCGGGCCCUCUCAACUGGGACGUCCAAUUCUACGACGAACUCCAGAACCUCAUUGGUGGAGGCAAACCCAAAAUGCGAUGGUACUUUAAGGAACACGGGUGGCCUUCGUCCACGUUGUUCGAGACGCCUCCGACCAGUGACGAGGAUCGUGCCAAGUUGAUUGACACUCUUCAGGAUUGGAAGACUGAGAGAUACAAAGAAAUAAUCAAGUCUGGAAGUGUAAAACCCAGACCUGGAGUUCUGAGAUUGAUGGAUGAGGCCAAAGAUGCAGGGAAAAAGCUAGCUGUUUGUUCUGCAGCAACUAAAAGUUCAGUUAUUCUGUGUCUUGAAAACCUUAUAGGACUUGAGCGCUUUCAAGGCCUUGAUUGCUUCCUUGCUGGUGAUGAUGUGAAGGAAAAGAAACCUGACCCAUCAAUAUACCUGACAGCUUCCAAGAAGCUAGGUAUAUCAGACAAAGAUUGCUUGGUGGUAGAGGAUAGUGUUAUUGGAUUACAGGCAGCAACACAAGCAGGGAUGUCAUGCGUGGUUACCUACACACCUUCCACAGCUGAUCAGGAUUUCAAGGAGGCCAUAGCACUCUACCCUGACUUGAGUAACGUAAGACUGAAAGAUUUGGAAUUACUGCUUCAAAAUGCAGUACCUGCAAAAUAAAAGAUUUGCGUGUAAAUGUUACCGUUUCUGCUGACCUGUAGAGGUUUCUAUCAGGAAAUUGGUAUCUCUCUUAAAACAGACAUUUUUCAUAUAUUUCACAGCGGAUGUAUACAUGUAAGUUAAAAUAUGACAACAAUUCUUUGCAAAAUGUGGUAAAGAUCACAAUGUAUUGUUUAUGUGUUGUUGUCGUUAAAUUGGAAUGGUUGCCAUAUAUUUUUUUAUCA